ACUUGCUCGAACACUUUUACAAGAUUCGGUGGCGCUAGAGGACGUGUAUAGUGGACGCGCAUUAGAGUCCAAGAUUAGGAACACAUUUGCCAAACUUACAGAUUCCAACCCGUAUAGCACGGCUCUAUUUCCAAUGCAACAACUGCCUAUUGAAAUCAGGAAUAUCAUAUGGGAAUACGUGAAUUUAAGGAUAGUAGCUAGCGCUUUUACAAUAGUCACUAGGGAAAUACUUCGCCUUGCAAAAUCCGUCAAUUGGCUAGACCGUCGAGAGAUAUUAUUGAAUUUAGGCUCUCAGAUCUCUCUCAAGAUGAUUAGUGUCUUCGGCACUUCAUAUAUCCAAGCCUUCGAACAUGGGGGUAUCACCAAUACCAUAACUAGUGUUGUUGAUCGCCUGAGCUUUGUUAUGGCCCUUGGUGGAAUUUGCGCGAUCAAGCUCCUUGGUACUGGUUGGGACUCGGGCUAGCUAGGGAAGAUACCUAUCACGGGGCCCGUCUGGUGUGGAACUAUACUAGAAGUCGGUUCGGGUCUCACAUGCAGCUUUAAUGAUCUCUAUUGCACUCGUAUAUUAGGCUUAGGUGUUAUAACGAGCCAGAUUCUAUGGGA